AUGCUCGUUCACGCUGUCCUUGACGGCCGACGCGAAGAGCUACGGCUUUCACUCCCAGCUAUCGUUAUCUCUAACACCGACUGGCUACACAUACAACGCAUCACAAGCGCUCACCGGCCUGUAGCAGCAACUGCUGAUCCAGCGCCUCACGAACUCGACGAAGAGACAGUACCACUGGUCGAGCAUCAGCGCCUCAUGCUCAACCAAACCAUCCUCGACAGCCAACGCGAGCAGCUACUGCAUCGACUUGUCAACCCAUCGCCAUCAACGAAUGACUACUCAUACAACGCAUCACAAGCGCUCACCAAGUAA